GGCGAUGGCGCUCUGGAUCCCGUCCUCCUGCUGGAGCAGCGAGUCGUCCCUCCGCCGCGACGAUGGCACCGCGGCCACCGCGGCCGACGCCGACCGGCUCUUCCCGAGCCUUCUCCGCACCACCUUCAACCCCGGAAUGCUCGCCCUCGGCGCCCUCACCCCGCACGACGCCACCGCCGCCGCCGCCGCCGUAGGUGGCGGCGGAGACACCUCCUCCGCCGCCUCGGCCGCCGCGGCGGUGGCGGCGCCGCCCUCGUCGGUGAGCUGCUACGCCAAGGGCCGCGACGCCGCGAGCGAGCUCGCCAUGGUCGUCGUCCCCAAGAGCGGCGGCACCACCGGUAAAAACCUCGCCGAGAUCGUCAAGGAGCUCGACGAGUACUUCCUCAAAGCCGCCGACGCGGGCGCCCAUGUCUCCUUCCUCUUAGAAGCCCCUAAUUGCGACUUCCCUUCCACCCAAGGCCUAUCCGGAAAAGUGUUUAGUUAUGGGAAGAGCCUGAACCCAUUGGUUUGGUCCAAAAGCUCCAACUCCAUGUGUGGUGGGUUCACAAGAAUCAGCAAUGGUGGUGGUUUUGGAGUCGCCUCUGCAACCCACUCCUCCACAGUAGAGAAGCUCUACGCCUGGGAGAGGAAGCUGUACCAGGAAGUGAAGAAUUACGAGCGCAACAAGGAGGAGCAUGAGAAGAGGGUGGACCUAUUGAGGAAGCAGGAGAUUAAGGGAGUGGACUAUGUUAAGGUUGAGAAGAAUAGGAUGGAGAUUGAGAGGUUGGAGUCGAAGAUGUUGGUGGCUACUCAGGCUAUAGAAACUACCACUGCUGAGAUUAUUAGGCUGAGGGAGUCUGAGCUCUUUCCUCAGCUCCUUGACCUGGUUACUGGCAUGAUGGGCAUGUGGCGGAGCAUGUACCAGUGCCACCAAGUCCAAACUCACAUCGUCCAGCAGCUGCAGUACCUCAACAAUGCAUCAAACCCGAAUCCCACUUCCGACUUACACCGCCAGGCUACUAUCCAACUCGAGAUCGAGGUUGAGCGCUGGUACUCGGGCUUCUGCACUCUCAUCAACUCCCAAAGAGACUACAUAAACUCCCUCACAGGUUGGCUCCGCCUCUCCCUCUUCCAGUUCCACCACGACCCGCUUACGGGUACUCACCAAAACUCCGACAUCUACUCUCUAUGCGAGGAGUGGCAACUCGCCGUCGAUCGAAUCCCCGACAAAGUGGCUUCUGAAGGGCUUAAGAGCUUCUUGAUCGUGAUCCGUUCGAUCGUAGCUCAACAGUCGGAAGAGCAGAAGGAGAAGAAGAGAUCGGAGGCGGCUUUUAAAGACCUCGAGAAGAGAGCAGACGAAUUAAGAUCUCUCGAGUCUAAGCACGGUCCUUACGUAGCAAAUGAGAAGCGGGCGAAGGUGGAGGCUUUGAAGGCUAAGGCGGAGGAGGAGAAGAGCAAAUAUGAGAAGAGCGUGGGGGUGACGAGGGCGAUGACUUUAAACAAUUUGCAGACCGGCUUUCCGAAUGUCUUUCAAACCAUGACCGGAUUCGCGAGCAUUUGCAUGCAGGCGUUCGAGUCGGUUUACAAUCACAGAAGGGUUUCAGAAAAAAUCCUCGACUCAAAGAGGCUGCUGACCUGAGAGUUCCAUGAGAGAAAAGAAGAUAAAAUCAGUGUGUAAAUUGUAUACAGUUAAGAGCAUAGUAGGGUGAGGUGUUCUACAAGCUUUUUUGAGGUUUGUUUUCCUUCUGUAGGUAUUAGUUGCUGGAGAAAUGUGUGUAGAUUAUCAUAGUAGUGGGUCUCUCAUCCUAUUUAGAUUUGUAAUCAAGUUCGAGGCUGCUUUAUAUUAAUUACAUUCUGAGUACUAGGUAUUGAAUCAGAUGGUGGAUUCAAUGCAAUUUUGGUUUGGGAUUGA